UUUGACCACUUUUUCUUUUUGACUCCAUUAAUGUUUUUAUUUCUUUGCUUUAAACAGCUCUUAUAGAGUUAUUUUAAUUGGCUUGCUUGUGUUUUCUAUUUAUGCCUUUUUCACUUUUGUACCUUUUCCUAUUCCCCCCCUUUCUCUUUUUUCCUCCAACCAUCACAUGCAUCUUUUUUUGGCUGAUUCUUAAUUCUAAUCAUAGUUAAGCCUCCCUCAGUCUGAGGCUAUGAGAGGGAGAGAGGAGUCCCAGGCCGCACCACCAUGCUACUUCUGAGAAGCUGGGAUAAAACUUUGGCUGGCAAAACGCAAGGUAUUAGUCUCCCAUUCCUGCACCAUGUCUGUUUGCGGAGGCCUCAGCCUGUCCCUCCCUCACAGCGAUGCUGGGGCAUGCUUCUCCGCCCACGUGGUUGCCCGGGAACAGGAACAAGCUCGAACCCUACACCCACCCACGCCUUCAUCACUUCACCGGCGCACAGGCACGUCCCUCUGCCUGCCCCUAGUGUUCCUGCUGCUCUGCCUUCUCCAUCUACCCCCGGCCUGCCACUCACGGAGAGAGAAGGGCGGGGGAGGCGGUGGCGGCCAUUACAUGCCCAUCCCCCAGCCCCCUCCGCACCACUUGGCCCUACCCAACAUUUUGCGAGGCCUCAGCAUCGCUGUAGUCCUGGUGGGCAACUCCAGCGAGAUGGCGCUGGCGGGGGGCCGAGAGAAGGAGGACUUCCUUCACUUGGCGCCCAACGUGGAGGUGCUGACCAUGAACGAGACCGACCCCAAAAGCAUCAUCAAGAGCAUCUGUGACUUAAUGACGGAGCACUGGCUGCAGGGUGUGGUGUUUGGAGACGACACUGACCAGGAGGCCAUCGCUCAGAUCCUGGACUUCAUUUCAGCCCAAACCCAUAUCCCCAUCCUCGGUGUCCGCGGGGGCUCUUCCAUGAUCAUGGCUGCAAAGGAUGACAACUCCAUGUUCUUUCAGUUCGGCCCCUCUAUCGAGCAGCAGGCUUCUGUCAUCCUCAACAUCAUGGAGGAAUAUGACUGGUACAUCUUCUCCAUCGUCACUACCUACUACCCGGGAUACCAGGACUUUGUCACUAAGAUCCGUAGCACCAUCGAGAACAGCUUUGUGGGCUGGGAACUGGAAGAAGUGCUUCUACUUGACAUGUCCGUAGAUGACGGAGAUUCAAAGAUCCAGAACCAGCUGAAGAAGCUCCAGAGCCCCGUCAUCCUCCUCUACUGCACAAAAGAAGAGGCCAACACCAUCUUUGAGGUGGCCCACUCUGUUGGGAUCACUGGCUAUGGCUACACAUGGAUUGUCCCCUCGCUUGUAGCUGGAGACACUAUUGUAGUGCCUGCAGAGUUUCCAACAGGUCUUCUCUCCGUCUCCUACGACGAGUGGGACUACAACCUAGAGGCUCGUGUUCGGGACGGUGUGGCCAUCAUCACCAUGGCAACCUCCACCAUGAUGAUGGACCGCGGGCCUCACACCUUGUUGAAAUCUGAAUGCCACGGAGCUCCGGACAAGAAGACCCCCAUCUCAGGCAACCCCAACGAAGUGCUCAGGUACCUGAUGAAUGUGACGUUCGAGGGGCGUAAUCUGUCGUUCAGCGAGGACGGAUACCAGAUGCAUCCCAAGCUUGUUAUUAUUCUGCUCAACAAAGACAGACAGUGGGACAGGGUGGGUAAAUGGGAGAAUGGUUCCCUCUCCAUGAAGUACCACGUGUGGCCCCGCUACGAACUGUAUGGGGGGCCGGCAAACAGGGAGGAUGACCACCUGUCCAUUGUGACGUUAGAGGAGGCGCCAUUCGUUAUCGUGGAAGACGUGGAUCCACUAAGUGGGACCUGCAUGAGGAACACCGUACCCUGCCGGAAGCAGCUCAAAACACUGAAUCAGACAAAGGACUCUGGGAUCUACAUCAAGCGUUGCUGUAAAGGCUUCUGCAUUGACAUCCUGAAGAAGAUUGCCAAGCAAGUCAAAUUUACUUAUGACCUUUACCUGGUCACUAAUGGAAAACACGGCAAGAAAAUCAAUGGAACCUGGAACGGCAUGGUGGGAGAGGUGGUGUUAAAAAAUGCCCACAUGGCUGUCGGAUCCUUGACCAUCAAUGAGGAGCGGUCCGAAGUCAUCGACUUUUCCGUUCCCUUCAUCGAGACAGGGAUCAGCGUCAUGGUUUCCCGCAGUAACGGCACCGUUUCACCUUCAGCCUUCUUAGAGCCCUUCAGCGCGGAUGUGUGGGUGAUGAUGUUUGUGAUGCUGCUGCUGGUGUCAGCAAUGGCCGUGUUUAUAUUCGAGUACCUCAGCCCCGUGGGCUACAACCGCUGUCUGGCUGACGGCAGAGAACCUCACGGCCCAUCUUUCACCAUCGGCAAAGCGAUCUGGCUGCUGUGGGGUCUGGUCUUCAACAACUCCGUGCCAGUGCAGAACCCGAAGGGCACCACCAGCAAGAUCAUGGUGUCCGUCUGGGCCUUCUUUGCUGUCAUCUUUCUGGCCUCCUACACUGCCAACCUGGCAGCCUUCAUGAUCCAGGAGGAAUAUGUGGACCAGGUGACGGGGCUCUCAGACAAAAAGUUCCAGAGUCCAAAUGACUUCUCUCCCCCGUUUCGGUUUGGGACGGUGCCCAAUGGGAGCACAGAGAGAAACAUUAGGAACAACUACCCAGAAAUGCACGGCUACAUGACGAAGUUCCAUCAGAAAAACGUCAACGACGCUCUGGCGAGUCUGAAGGCUGGCAAAUUGGAUGCCUUCAUUUACGACGCGGCCGUGCUGAACUACAUGGCUGGCAGGGACGAGGGCUGCAAGCUGGUGACCAUUGGCAGCGGCUACAUCUUCGCCACCACUGGGUACGGCAUCGCCAUCCAGAAGGAGUCGCUCUGGAAGAGACAUGUGGACCUGGCCAUCCUGCAGCUCUUUGGAGAUGGUGAAAUGGAGGAACUGGAGUCCCUCUGGUUGACGGGGAUCUGUCACCACGAGAAGAACGAGGUGAUGUCCAGCCAGCUGGACGUGGACAACAUGGCCGGCGUCUUCUACAUGUUGGGCGCUGCCAUGGCGCUUUCUCUCAUCACCUUCAUCUGCGAACACUGGUUCUACUGGCAGCUUCGCUUCUGUUUCAUGGGCGUCUGCACCGGGCAGCCCGGCUUUGUCUUCUCCAUCAGCAGGGGCAUAUACAGCUGUAUUCACGGAGUGCAGAUCGAGGAGAAGAGCAGCUCUGCACUGAACUCCCCAUCAGCCACCAUGAACAACACCCAUUCCAACAUCAUGCGCCUUUUACGCACAGCCAAGAACAUGGCAUCCCUGUCAGGGGUCAACGGUUCGCCACACAGCGCCCUGGACUUCAUUCGUCGUGAUUCUUCAGUUUACGACAUCUCUGAGCACCGGCGCAGCUUGGCAGGCCAUUCAGACUGCAAACCUCCUUACCUCCCGGAAGACAACAUGUUCAGUGAUUACAUCAGCGAGGUGGAAAGGACGUUUGGUAACCUCCACGUCAAGGACAGUAAUGUGUACCAGGACCACUACCUACACCACCAUGGUUCAACGCUAGGACUGAGUGGCCCUCCUGCCAACAGGCCCCACAGUCUGGGAAGUGCUAGUUCACUGGAAGGUGGAAUGUUUGACUGUGACAGCAUUGGCGGAGGGGUGGCCCCAAUCUUUACCACCCAGCCCUGCUCUGCACUGACCCACAGGAAUAUGAGCAAGUUUGACCUCCUGUCCGGACAGACUCCCCCCGCAGGCCAGAGCUUCAAGGGAGGUCUGCCUGACCUGUACGGGAAGUUCUCAUUCAAGGGAGGUGCUUCGAGUUCCACUUACAUCCCUGGACACGGCUAUUGUAUUGGGCGAGGAGAUGAUGAUGGGAAUAUACGCUCUGAUGUCUCCGACAUUUCUACGCACACAGUGACUUACGGAAACCUGGAGGGUAAUGCAAAGAAGCGUAAACAAUACCGUGACAGCUUGAAAAAGAGGCCGGCCUCUGCAAAGUCCAGACGGGAGCUGGACGAGAUUGAGCUGGGCUAUAGGAGGAAACCCUACCACAUCAGCCACCACCAUUACCACGGCCAUCGCUCUGCCUCCCCACCACUUUUACCCCCCGAACGCAAGAGAGGAGGUGGAGGAGGCAACAGUGAUGGGAACUCUUAUGUUUUCCGAGAGAAGGAGAGUGUUAGGGACUUUUAUUUGGACCAGUUUCGACCCAAAGAGGGUGUACCUCAGUGGGAACACGUGGAUUUGACAGAAGGCCCUGGGAGUAGAGACGGAGGAGUAGGAACCUGCACCACCUUGGUACCGGUGGAGGACUUUCUUAAGAGCAAGCCUAAAAAGUCUGAUUCAAAGGGUGGGGGAGGAUCGGGGUUGGCAGGGGGAGACUGGGAGUGCAGGAACUGUCGGGCCAGUGGGGGAGGAGGGGGCAAGCAGAUUUCCAUGCAUGGAGGAGGUGGUGGCGGCUAUGGUGGUGGUAUAAGCUGUGGGUCCUCGGCAGGAGGAGGCAAUAGCCGCCCGAGCUCUGCAACCUGUAUGCGCUGCGAAGGUUGUAAAAAGACUGGGAAUCUCUACGAUAUCAGCGAGGACAACAACCACCUGUUGGAACAGAUGGGGGGAGGGAAAGGUGGAGGAGGAGUGGCAGGUAUGGGUGCAGGGCCUCAGACUCAAGCUCAGGCCCAGCAGAGGAGGAAGAGUGGAGGAUUCGGCAAGCAACUGAGGCGGCAGCAUUCAUAUGACGCAUUUGUCGACCUUCAGAAAGAGGAAUUAAGUGGGAUGGGGAGUUUGAUAGGAUUAGGGGGAGAUGCCGGGAUGAGCGGUGCAGGUAUGGUAGGGAUGCUGCCCCCACCCAGGAGCGUUAGCUUAAAGGAAAAGGAACGCUACAUGGAAGGUAACAGUCCUUUUGCACACAUAUUUGAACGUCAUGGGGGCUCGGAGAGAGAGAGGGAGAGAGACAGAGACCCAUUGUUUUAUGGAGGGGAGAGCCGGAAAGGAACUGGCUCGCAGUUUGGCCUCUUCAGAGGUGGUGAGGGCCUCCAUCGUCGUUCCAUCGGAGAAAGAGACAUGAGAGACAGGGACAGAUCUUUGAUGGAAGGAGGUGCAGGAUUCUCUUUAUCCAAAUCCCUUUACCCUGACCGGGUAAACCAAAAUCCCUUUAUACCCACCUUUGGGGAUGACCAGUGUCUGAUGCACGGAGCCAAACAAUAUUACAUGACAAAGCAACAACAGCAGCAGCAGCAACAAGUUGCCAAAAACAGCCGAAGUGACUUCAGGGCCCCAAUGAGUGCAACUUCGUAUCUGCCGGCGUCUGCCACAGCCGGGGUGAUGUCCAACGUGGCCCCUCGGUUCCCAAAAGAGCUGAGCCUUGGUGGACUGAACCACCAUGGCUCUAUGCUGGGGGUGGGCCCCCCGCGACCCUUCAACGGAAGCAAUGGCCAUGUGUAUGAGAAACUCUCCAGCAUUGAGUCUGACGUUUAAAACAAAAGGGCAAGGAGGAGGAGAGCAAUAGAGGUGUCAAGUGAUCAGGGAUGAUUCUUAGGACACUGUAGAUGCAAGUCCAUGCUGAGACAGUAAUGAGAAAAAGAGGAGUUGAACAAAAGGGGAAACACUGAAAGGUUGUGACUCUGAAGUAUAAGAGUAAGGGUUAAUCUACAUUUUGCAAGAAAAUAUUGGUUAAAGAAAUAUGAAAUCAGGACAUCCUGAGGAGGUGUGGGUUGCCAACUUUCUCGCAAACAUGACCUAACCUACUCAACGUACAUGUCCAAACAUAGUCAACGAACAUUCCCCUCAACUUUACAAACAGCCCUCGACCACAUUUCCAUCGUUUUGUCCACUGGUGUGGAAAAAGCCUCUGUACUUGGUUGAUAUCGCAAUGAUGCAACACUUCUUCCUAGUUUCCUACUGUCUGUGUGGUGUGAUUUGAUGGCAGCCCGAAGGCUCCCGCUGGGUGCUUGUGAGGAAGUGCACCGAGAGUGGAGACGGGGAUGAACUGCCCAUCUGCCCCUGUGUCACUGCAGAAAGUAGAUGUUGUCACACUGACCAGAUUCGUGGCACAGUCUGUCCAUCGCAUCUCUCUUCUCCCUGCACCUGUCUCCGCUUCCUGUCAGCCUCGCUCCUCCUCAUCCCCGACACCUAAAGAGCUGAAAUUCUUUCCUUUGCUAUGAGAAAUACAAUCAUGAAUGAUAAUAAGGUAUUAUAAAAAACAGGGUAUAAGAACAAUAACAUUGUGAAUAACAGAGAUGUUAAUGCUGAUUAUAGCAACACUCCUUAUAAUAUCACUAAGUUAACUUGUUUUGUGUUAUUUUGGUAUGAUAUUUCAUAAAUCUCUUAGUAUCCGUAGUUGUGUUCUGUUUGCUUCUGGCAGCAGAAACAUUGUUCUUAGUUCAGCCAACAAGCCAGAAAGACUGAGUCCUUAACUCCUGUUUUUUCUGUUUUCUGUAGAAUAUUUUACUUCACACUCGUUCAUUUAUUUGCUCCUUCUGACAAAGCAACAUCUCAAAGACAUAUGAUGUCUCCUAGACAUUGCAAAUCAGGCACGCAUACGUAAAAACACACACUUAUUUUUUUUUGUCAAGAUGAACUUGUGUAACUGUGAAACAGCGAUUUCAUCAGAAGCUGAAGCUGCUGAGAGGAAGGACGUGCCUUAAUGGUCUCCCCUGGAAGUGUCCGGCCUCCAGUUCACAAGCGGCCGCACCGGGACGGACCGGUGCGCUUUCAGGCUGCUCACGUUCUCACCGCACGCGGGCCAAAACCGCCGUAGAAAAAAUGACAGCAGGCUGCCGGGAGCUGGUUUCAGUGCAAGAUGCCGUUUUAGAUCUUUUAUACCUUCAUAAAAAUCUUUCAUACGUCAGGUACGGGCGGUAUUUUAUGGAACAACUGUAUUCAGGAUGUCCCCACUGUUACUGAGAGACUGAUGUGUCUCAGCUUCACAACAUGGCAGCCUUUAGGCCACUUCUUUUAUUCAGGUUACAUGACACUCACCAGGCACUUACGUUUUCGGCCUCUCACUAGUACAGUAUCUCGUGGAAAGGCAUUACUUUUUAACCGGUCUGAGUCUGAAAGGCUCACGGAGGCGGCUUUGCUCGGACAUUGUGUAAGAUGAAUAUUAUGCACUGUCACUUAUGUAGGAGAAAUGCGAAGACAACAGUUGGGCCACUAUAAGCAGAGGUCGAGACAUCAGAAAGGUGGCCACCAUCAUGUGAAAGAUUGCUUUUUUCUCUCUCUCUCUCUCUCUCUUAACAGGGACUGAUGUAAAUAGUCUUUUUAGCUGAUGGAGCCUCAUUAAUUGCACAGGACUUUUUACUCCGUGUAGGUUCAGGCACUCAGUAGACAUGCCUUAUCGUCCCAUCAGCCCCCACCCCCACGACCCCACCCCAGAGCCGCCUGACGGUACUCAUCAUGUACAGAGCAGAGAAGCCUCUAUUGGUUAAUUGAACGUGUGAUGGGAGUUCAAGGGCUGCGGGAGAGCGCUCAGGAAUGCCGGCCAGAGAAGGGAGCUGCCGGAGCACGUGGAAUGUGAUCCUGGUCAUCGCCAGCUCCUAUUUGACGCCCCGAUCAAAACACAUCCAUCUAAAUAGGCUGGCACAUGUGUCUGUGUGCAGAGAAGUGAAUUAUUAUUGAAUGAUAAGUGCUGUUAUGUGUUUUUUUCCCCCCACUAACACUGCUAACUAUUCAUAAAUUCAACAGCCUCUCCACAUCCGCUCUGCAGAUAAUACUGUCAGUGCGAGACUGAUGGAGUUAGCCUUAAAAAGCAUUCAUCCUCCCUCCCACGCACCACCGUGACUCUCCUAAUAAAUGGAUUGGGAUCUCUGGAAUUUUUAUACGCACACAUUUUGAAAGUUCAGGUCAACCAUUAUCAGCGAGAUGUUGGGAGGGUACGAUGAGGAAAUAAGAAGGAGGCUACUUUGGUGUGAGCAUCAAUCAGCGUCAGCAUUAGUAUGUUCAAACUUUUCCUUGUAAAUAAUAUAUUUAAAAAAAAACUUUUCACUUUGUACAGUAAACAGACAGACAGGAUGUAACUUUCAUUACCUUUUACAACAAUUUAAGAAAUAAAGAAAAUAACUAUAAAAACUCAUAAAAACAAAAAAUUACACCAACAAAAAUAUGCAAAAUAUACUUAAGACAGAAAUAUUACUAAUCAUAAGUGAUAUAAUUGAACCUCUUUUUCUUUAAAUUUCAUGUUUAUUUAAUUCUAAUAGUUUAUCAAUCAGUAUACUGAUUAUGUUAAGAAUAAUGCUUUUUUCUUUUUCUUUUCUUUUCUUAUUUUCACUAAAGUGUUGCAGGAUAAUUUACUGUAGGUGUAGACGUUUGGUGAUAAAAGGGGAAAGUUUAGUUUUAGGAGUCUUUGUUAAGUUUCCCUUGAAUUGUGUUAGAGUCUAUUUUUAAGGUAAGCUACUCUUCAUGCUUUUUUGAGGUAAAAUCAAUUAUCUACACAUUUAUGUAAUACAAUAUUACAUGUAUACAGAGAUGAUAUUUGCAUAUAGAGGCAGUAUAUUGUGAUCCUUUAUUUUAUGGCAACAAUUCUUGCUAAGAACUUUCAAUACAUUUGUGUUUUUGCUGCCCAUUUUUGACCUGGGCUCCAAACGGUGAUUGCACACAGAAUUUAGAGCCAUCAUUGGCCCGGCCUGUCCUGUUCCCUCUCUAUGCUUGGGAUAGACAUCACUGUGGUAAAGGAAGAUAUCUACACAUGCAGGCACACACACACACACACGCACACACACACACACUGGGCAUUUCCCAGUGUUGAUGUCGUCGAUGUUGCAGAGAAUUUCAUCACAAUAUUGUGGAGAAACCAAGAACGAGUGUAGUUUCAUUUAUUGAGGGGAGGCUGAAAUGCAUUUGUGCAACCCCUUAUUAAAAAGGUUGUUAUGUGAAGUUUUGCCACAGAAAAAAUUGUUGUUGCGUUGUCUGUUCCUUAACUGUGUUUUGUUUUUGUUUUGUUUUUAUGCCUGAAAACCCUGAAAUGUUCUGGAUUCUCCUUUUAUUUGGCUCAGCUUUCUGAACUGUAUGUUUCAAUGUAUGAGACAGGACGUAUUGUCUAUACUUUGUUGUGUUUAUAUGCAAUUUUGUCCAAUGCAGUCAAAAAUGAUUUCCAUGGCUCUUAUUUUUGUAUGGUACUAAUUCCAAUAAGUCUCUCUAAUCUCCUCUACCCUGAGAGAAGAAGCCCAGCUUUCCGCAGCUGUUUUUCGUGCACACAGGGUUGAUUGAAAAGUGAAUAAUGUAUCUGCGUGCACAUAAACUCUGUUAGUUUUCCAUAUUUUCCUCACGCUCUAACCAAAAUGGUUCACCUCAUUUGUAAUGAGCAGCAUGACCAAACAGGGAGCGCUGGGAUUAUACUCAGUACAUCAGUUCCUGCUGCGAGCUGGGGCUGGUUUUUCUUCUGUGGGGCUCAUGAAGCCGAGCGGCUCCAGAACCUGUUUCAACCAUCAGAUCUUCACCACCUGCAGAGACCAGGCCAUAUUUGGAGGUUUUACCCCCCUAUAGGCCAGAUUGAGCCCAAACUCUGCAGAUGAAUUUGUUCAUAUAGGGCAAAACUCUUUUACUAUCAUUAUAUAUUUAUUUAUUUUGACUUUACUCAGCUAGUACAUCUUGAAGGUGGUGGCUGUAAAUAUCACCUCGGCCCACCUGUUUUUUUGUCAAGAAUACUGGCACAUUGGUGAAAAGCUGCUAAACAAGUUUCUCUUCUAUAUUUCUGGCAGCCGCAAUGAUUUGACUUUUAAAUAUUUUUCUUAAUGAACAAAUCAUUGAGUUGGCAACUGAAACUGGAUGUUACAUAACUUUUCUUCAAGCUCUGUCUAAUUAAGCAACUCAUAAUUAUCGUUCCUCCUCAGAGAUUACAGAAACUAUUUACUGAUAUUUGAGUUACUUAAAUAUGUCUGCGUUUGUGUAUUCUGUAUUCAUAAUGCUUCAUAAUGAUGCACUUUUUUCCCACUUAAUUUCUUUACAGUUUUAUCAUCCAUAAAUUAAGACUCAAUUGCUUUGAGUUGGGAAAACUGCAUAAGGGGUUGCUACUAAAUGUAUUUCACAAAGCUGAAAGGUUGAUGACAACACAGCUCCACAUGGAAACUACAUAACCUGGUAAAUUUAAUUGUGGUUGACAAAAAUGUACCAUAUAAAUAGUAUUACUUGUAUACAUAAUGAUAUACAGAAUAUUAUUCUUGGCCAUUCUUUUCUCUUUUUGUGGCCCUUUUCUUUGAAAUAAUACCAAAAUUUUUACACCGUACAAACAGAAAACCACAGAAAAACAAAUUGUACAGGCUGUGUAAAUAUUAAAUAUGGGGGAAUAUAUUUACCUUCACCUUUUUGUAUGGAAAUGAUCAAGGUAAUCUCAAUAACAAAUUUAACCAUUUCAUGACAAAAUUGAAAAAAAUUUAACACACAAAAAAAACGUCAUUAAGGUACUUCUAAUAAGGAUAAUGCCAAUAUCUACAAUUAUAAGUGCUGAAAUAAGACUAUUCUUUCUCUUUGUACAUGAUGAACAAAUGAAGUGUUGAGUAUUAAUAAUAAAAUAACUAU